AUAUUUGCAUGAAGGACCCUGAUGUGUGCAGGAGCUUUGUGGAGAUUUUCUAUUCUUGCUGAAGCAAAAUGGCUGAAACUGAAGACUACAACAACAGAACAACCACUGCAUUAUAUUCCUAUUCCUAUGACGAUGAGUAUGUGGAUGAAGCAUGUGACAAAACAAGCAUCGUGCAGUUUGGAGCAAUCUUCACUCCGGUUUUCUUCUCCAUUGUGGUGAUCCUCAGUCUGUUCGGCAACAUUCUGGUCAUUGUGAUACUGGCCAAGUAUGAGAAUCUAAAAUCCCUCACCAACGCUUUCAUCCUGAACCUGGCUAUAUCGGAUCUCUUCUUCACUGCAGGUCUGCCCUUCUGGGCUUACUACCACAUGUACGGAUGGACUUUAGGGGACCCUGCAUGCAAAAUAAUCAACUUUCUCUUCGAUGUUGGCUUCUGCAGCAGUGGUAUUCUCCUAAUGCUGAUGACCGCUCAUCGUUAUGUAGCUGUCGUGAAUCCUCUGUCUGACAUUGUGUCAACCACAGGCUUCUACAGUGUCCUAGUGUCUGUAAUCAUUUGGGCUGCAAGCAUCUUGUUUGCCAGUCCAGCCUUCAUCUUCACCGAAGUGAAGGACCAGAGUCACUGUGUAUAUGCGAAUUCUAAGUGGAUCUUAUGGGGAAUCUACAAACAAAAUUUUGUCUUUAUAGUGAGUUCACUAGUGUUCAUUUUUUGCUAUUCUAAGAUCAUAUGCAGGUUGCUGCGUCCUACAGUCCGAAGAAGAAAGAACAAAACUUUAAAACUUAUUUUUGUUCUCAUGAUUGUUUUCUUCAUAGGAUGGGGACCUUACAAUAUAGUAAUAUUUCUACAGUCGUUGCAUUUCAAGUACCAACAACCCGCUGAGUCAAAGGCUUUGGCUGCAGUUUGUGAAACACAGAAACCGCUGGACUAUGCUUUAUACAUCAGUCGAAUCUUUGCCUUUUCACACUGCUGCCUUAACCCUAUCUUUUAUGUCUUUGUGGGGGUUAAAUUCAAAAAUCACUUGAAGAAAAUGCUGAAGAGCUGGGGGCACAAGAAAAAUAGAGUCCACAGCAGACAAAGCCGACACACAAUCACAUCACUGACAAGUGGAGAAGAGUACUCGAUGUAGUUUUCAAUGUAGAGCUGACAAUCACACUGACAUCUGUAAUAACGCAAAUAACUGAAAAUCCACGCUUGCAACAGGAUCCUGUGUGGUUCAGUCCAUAUGUCCAGAUACAGAUGGUAAGGAUGGUAACUUAUAAACAAUCAACAUAAUCGUUUAUUCAGCACUUCUAUUUUUGGCAGAAGUGCUGAAUACUACCACACUGCCACAUUUAGCAGCUUUGUGAGUUUGUGGUCAGGCAAAGAAGUGCUUUCGGUAAAAUGCUAACAGCAGUAUGCUAACAUGCUCAUAUAGUGAUGAUAGCGCUAACAUGCUGACUUUUAGCAGGUAUUAUGUUUACCAUGUCGCCAUGUAAAAUUCAGACUAUUCAGGUGGCAAAGGGGGCGUCUUAGAAAGAUGUACCCAAUGAAGUGGCCACUGUGUAUAUAAGGACUAUGGGAAGUAAAGCUUUUAUUUUGAAGUGUUGAUGUAUAAUGUAUAAUGUACAGUGUAUCUCCUUUAAUUUCCUCUUGUAGUUAAUUGUAGUUAUCAACUUUCCAGUCUCAAUGAGCUACAGAUGAACUCUGUAUCUCUGUGUAAAUACAUGUGAUUUUGAAUGCAUGAUGAUAAAUUGAUUAUCCAAUGUAUUGGAGCUUAUAUAAAUUAUGAGUGCCUGUGUGAUUCACUUUGAUUAACUGCAUUUUAUUUUGUAUGUUCAUAUUGGAAUCACUUAUUGGAAAUGUUUUACCUUGAUAUUCAGUAUGAUUAUUUGGACUUUAUGUGUCAGUAUU